AUGCCGUAUCUGCUUGACCCCGUCUUCGACACCGACCGCGACCUCACCAUCAUCGCCAAUCAGGCAUCUGAUGAUGAUGUACCUUCCCUCCUCGUCUUCAGCCUCGUCGACGGUCGGCUCAUCCGCAAGCUCGAGUUGUACGGAAUCAUCCUGUCACAAGACUACCGAGUCCCGUACGCCGACGGCAAGAUCCUGGUCAACAUAGAAGAAGACAAGGAACGCUUCCCGCCCCAUGGCCUUACCAAGAUCUUGCUCUGCGACGUCGUGGGGGACGGCGGUGUCCUCGGCAGUGUCAACCUUCCCGCACGCCUCCAGGCUCGCGAGGAGCUGCGACGGAACACGAACGGAGGCGUGCUGCUGCCCGUCCACGUCCAGCCGAACGGCGACAUCGUUGCGACGUCCUCCGAGUCAUGGAGUAGCAAGAUGGAGGUCCUGUUCUGGCGGGGGGCGGACAUUCCGAAGUCCCCGGAGCCAGCCGCGAGCUUCACGCUCGAGGUUGGAGUCGAGGACGGCGAUCAGAUCUACCCGACGUGCAGCGUACCUCUGGACGAGAAGACGUUCUUGCUUGUCGUCUACGAGGCGGACGGUAACGUGCUCCCGAUGAG